AUGACUACUGAUGAUAGACAGAUGGUAACACGAUCAGAGCUCGUCGUUGUACAUGGGCUCGAAGCUCCCAUAGCGCUUCCCAACGGUGGCGAGGUAGUUGAGCUUGCGGUGCUCCCAGACGGCCGCCGCGACCGCCUCAUCGGGGAACUCCGUGCAGUACGCCUCGCGGUGCUCGCCAACGGGACAAUGGAUGUAGUAGCCCUCCCUGUAGCCCAAGUGCGCCGGAAGCGGCAGCGGCGCCCGGGUCGGCAACGGGAAGAUGACGCGCCAGGUGUUCCUCCACGUAGAUGUGGAGGGGUCGUCAUCGCGACCGUGGUGUCGUCCGUAGAGCACGGAGAAGAGGCGAUAGGCGUUGUCGGCGUGGCAGAGCGGAUGCAGGCACAUCGAGCGGAGGUUGGUGUCGGGGUUCUUGCGCGGAAAUGUGCGGUCGAUGGCGUCGGUCUCGUUGUCGUAAUUGUAGACGUUGCAGGUGGCGUGGUUCAGUCGGAAGCAAUCCUCGUAGAUGGCGUGGACCGGGGCCGCCAGGGAGGUGAGCGCCAGCAGAGCGGCGACGGGCCGCGGGAGGAAGGGGACGGCGACGAGCAGGGGCAGGGGCAGCGCCUUCUUCUUGGCUGCUGCUGUGACGCCGCGCGGUGUCGGCGCGACGCUGUCGACGGCAACCGCUCGCUUGUGGACGGCCGAAGCGCCGAGGAGGACCGACCGGUGGCCGAAUCCUGGCUGGGCGAGGGCGGCACCGGCGGCGCGCGGCGCCCGCACGAGCCGGCGUGGCCACCCGGCGGCGAGGGCCUAGCCCGGGGGAGGGCAGGACCGGCGGUGAGGGCCACCCAGCGGUGA